UUAUGAGCACAUAAUAAGGUGUCCCUAUUAGUGGGCAGUGCCAACUCAUUGGAGUACCUACCAACAAACCUACCAAGUUAAGCUUUUAGAAUUUGAAGUUACUACUAUCCUUUGUUUGGCAUAAAAAUAAGUUUCAUUUCUUUAUUUAUUUUAAGUAACAGUUACAUUUCUUACUUAGUUCAACUAUAAUAUCUCAACCAACCCUAUCCCUCCAACACUUGCUUAUCUCUCCUUCUCUAUAAUCAAAUAAUUUCGUUACAACAAAUAAAUUUCCAUUUCCAUAUCAUCUUUUCACUUUGUGAAAAAUACCAAACAAAAAAUGACAGAUCAAGAGCAACCAAAAAAGUUAGAAUCUGAAUCAACAUCGAAUCCUCCACCACCAUCACCACCACCUGCAGCUUCAACUGAAACUGCUACUACUACUCCACCUCCUCCUCCUCCACCUGAGGCUCCAAAGGAAUUGGUUGCUGAGGAGAAAUCUGUAAUUCCACAAUCCUCACCUCCUCCUCCUCCUCCUCCUGUUGUUGAUGACUCCAAAGCUCUUGUCUUAGUUCAGAAGACUGAUGAAGUUGCUGAAGAGAAACCAAAAGAGGGCUCGAUCAACCGAGAUGCUGUGCUUGAAAGAGUUGCAACAGAAAAGAGGAUUUCACUAAUCAAAGCAUGGGAAGAAAGUGAAAAGUCAAAAGCAGAGAACAAGGCUCAGAGAAAACUCUCAACCAUUACAGCAUGGGAAAACAGUAAGAAAGCUGCAACAGAAGCUGAAUUGAGAAAACUUGAGGAACAAUUGGAGAAGAAAAAGGGAGAAUAUGCAGAGAAAAUGAAAAACAAAAUAGCAGCACUUCACAAGCAAGCUGAAGAAAAGAAGGCAAUAAUUGAGGCCAAGAAAGGUGAAGAUUUACUCAAAGCAGAAGAGACAGCUGCAAAAUACAGGGCAACUGGAACAGCUCCAAAGAAACUCUUUGGUUGUUUCUAAAUCCUACAAACAAUCCUCAAACCUGCUCUCAACAAAAAUGAUGUGAUUUAUUAUGUUAUAUAGUUUCUUCAUGUGUGGUUUGGUGUCAUUUUUAGUCUUUGUUAAUUUAUUCUGUGUGCAUAGUGAUAUAUAUUUGCUUGUAUAUAUCCAUUACUUUGGGAAUAAAAACAAUUUCAUUCUUAUUCAA